UUGUCUGGGGCGGGCGGGGGGGGUGGGAAGAGUAGCAGCCCCCAACGCGAACAACUGGCUAGCAUGCUAGCUUUUUAACCUAGCCUUGUCUCUUCCAUUUAGCGCGCACUCAGUGUUUGUCUUCGCAGUGUCAAAAUUCGACUCUAAAAUAGCAGACGACUCCAAAAUAAUCCCCGGUCCUUGUUAUUCAGUUCUUCUGACGAUAAAGCAGCGAGCCGAGCUGUUUUGGGGCUUUGGCCUCCAUGAUUUGGGUGUUUGUGGUCUCCUCUGUUAGCCCUCAUCCUGACUGAAGUCAGCACUGCCCCCCCCCCCUCAAACACACACACAUUCAAAGCACGACGAUGACACACCAAUCAAACAACUCUGUCCGAGACCAUAUGAAAUGGGCUGGGUUGCUGGGCUGUGAGGCGGUGCUGUCCAGCAUGGCCCUGAUGCAAGCCAACAACAUUCCGGGUCAGAAGAAGAUGAUGUCACACAUGGGUCAUGGUCACAGGUCCAGUUCCGAGAGCCACCACACCCAGUCACACCAUAGCCACAACCACCAUGGGCACCAAGGUCACCAUGCACACCAUUUGUCCGCGGGAAGCUGUCCACCACUGCUGAUCCAAAAGGAUGGGGAUUACCACACGUCAAGAAUAUUGGAUGGAAAGAAUAUACAACAUAAGAAAAAACACAAAAAAUCAGGGUCUGUUAAAGUCAAGGAGGAAGUGCGGCCCUUAUUGCAGCAGCUCGACAUGGACAACGACGACGACAGUGCAUUGAAAGUUCAGAAGAACUUCAUCUGUGACCACUGCUACGGAGCUUUCCGAAGCAGCUACCACCUCAAGCGACACAUACUUACACACACAGGGGAAAAGCCGUACGCUUGCGACAGCUGCGAAAUGCGCUUCAUUCAGCGUUACCACCUGGACCGACACAAGAGGGUGCACAGUGGCGAGAAGCCGUACCAGUGCGAUCGUUGCAAUCAGACCUUCUCACGGACAGACCGGCUGCUGAGGCACCGGCGGCUCUGCACGGCCGGCGGGAUCAGCAAGGAUGAUUGUUGUGAAAGUCGCACGUCCGUGUACUCGCAGGACACAUCUGGCCACACAGCCUCAUGGAGCCCCCUACAGCCUUCCAACAACCGCCUGACAGUCUGACCCAUAUAAACUCCCCACCCCCCAAAGUACCCAAUAGACAGUUGGUGACUCGGUAUUGUUGCGUUGAUCUGCAACGCAACUAAAACCUGAACACAACUUAGCUUGCGUAACUAUCUUAACACAACCAGACUUGUUGAGUUUGAUUUUUUUUGUACCUUUUUGGUAUCUUCUGUUCUUCAUUGUAGACGUCAAAAGGGGGAAGGAAUUAAACCGCAACAGUCCACUUUAUGAUGGCAAUAAGUGAAUGACACGUACGUACUCGCACGUUAUGGGACGAAUGUGCGGCGUUUCUAACAGCUGAUCUUUGAUCACCUUUGAUUGUCCUGCUGAGCCCAGAGCUCGAGACCCGCGUCUCUCUGCGGAGAACAACACUAGCAGUUCGUUUGUAGUAAUUAGCAACCCGUCUAAUAUGCAGGGUUGGUGUCACGAAGUACAUUUUGAUGUGUCACUGCCAUCACGUAGUUCUCUCACGUCAAAAUCUCAACACAUUGUUUUAAAUGAUGUUGCAUUUAAAAAAAAUACAUUUCAAUUAGGAUUUUUUUUUCUAACAUCAAAAAUAAUGACUUGAAAUGCUAUUCUGCGUUUUGCUGUACAGUUACAACCGCAUCAACACAUUUUCCGUCAGAUCGAGUUCGUCUUUUUCAGAGGUCUAUUAUCGGGAAUGGAGCAGGACAACCAAAGUAGUACACAGCUGCUUAGUUUUAGACCUGCUGGGAAAAAAGGAACGACCCGAUUGAAUGUGAAGAUACGGUGCCAUGUCAUUUCAUCUCCAGUCGUAAACACCUACUAGACAUCCUCGGAUGAAGAUGAUCGACUCUUAGGUGAUGUUUUUAUUCAUGAUAUCCUACAUUAUAUCACGUCUCUAGAGACCUGUGUAUGGUUCAAAUCUGCAAACACUGGCCUCAACUUAUUAGUUCGUUUGUAGAACACUUGAUUUAGUCGUUACCUGUCUUAGACAGCAAGUUUAUUUUUAUUUUUUUUAAAUAGUUUUUUAUUAGACUGGUAGCCAUUUUAGAUGUCACGGCAGGAGUCAGGGGCCCAGCUUUGCCCUCUGCUCAUUAAGUUAAUAUAUAUAUUUAAAUUGUAUUAGAAGUAAUACAAUUAGGUCAGAUGAUCCGGGUUCCAUUCUCCGCUUGGAGUUUGCAUGUUCUCCCCCGUGCGUGGUGUGGGUUUUCUCCGGGUACUCCGGUUUCCUCCCACAUUCCAAAAAAAAAACAUGCUAGGUUAAUUGGCGACUCCAAAUUGUCCAUAGGUAUGAAUGUGAGUGUGAAUGGUUGUUUGUCUAUAUGUGCCCUGUGAUUGGCUGGGGUAGGCUCCAGCAGAUGGAUGGAUGACAACUUUAUUUGGGCCCUACAUUCCAAAAAAAAAAAAAACAAAUAUUGACAAACUUAUAAAAUGUAGCUUAAUGACACAAAGCUUUUAAUGUGAAAUUACAGUUUAAAGGAAGCCACUUAUUUCCCUUUAGUACAUCAGCCAUGAUUAUUUGUCAGAUUUUUUUUUAUUUUUUAUUUUAGUUUGUAUAAAUGUAUAGACUUCACCUUUAUUUAUUUUAGAGGUGAAAUGAAAUACAUUUUAUAGCUGAUUAUAUUGUAUUGUGCAUGGCGUUUUAGGGCCCUAAGUCUGAAUAAAAUGUUAAUUGGUUUCAUAGUGCACGUUAUGUUCUCUCAUUUAAUAAGACGCUUUAUAGAAGGACUCAAUAUUAUACCAUUUCAGGGUCAAAUAUACCGAAUGAAUCCACUCUAAUAUUCUGAUGCUUACAGGAAGUCACUCCAUAACGACUGUUUUACUAAAUAACUUUUCAACCAGAAUUGUAAUGCAGUACAGUAGAUGU